ACCGUGUUUUUUUGAAGUGGGUUUUAAAUGGUAUUUCCUCCAAGAAGACACCAUGAACUAGAAAACAUGUUGGCCAAGUUACUGUCACUAAAGACAGACGAUUUGGUGGUGAGUGAGUGUCCACUGGUCCUUCAGGUUGGGGAUGUGAACUGAUAAACUUCAGGUAAAAGCACAAACAAAAGCUCUGAAGAGGGUUAGCUUAAAAAGGCUGAUAAUCAACCAGAUAAUCAGCCACUGGUUAAAAAUGAGGUCCUUGUGGAAGAGCAAUAAGUGACUUGGUCUUGAAAGACUGCAAUGAAAAACACAAAAUCGACCGCAUUUCCGAAUUCCACCAAUCAGAGCACGCUUAGAGCGGAGUCAGCCAAUAGGAACGCAGCAACAGUUCCAGCCUCCGUAUGAAACAGGAAGAUAAAGUUCUGGCCCGCUGCUGUUGUUGUUGGUGUAAUCCCGGAGAUGUCAGCUCCCUGACAGCAUGGGCUCACUGUCAUGGCUGGCAGACCUCAGCAGCUCCGCUCUGUCUCCUCCAAACCUGCUGCCAUUGCUGCUCUUCUUGGUGGUUUUUUAUCUGGUCCGUUUCUAUCAGAGGCAGCGCGGCAUCUACAGGAACAUCCCGCCAGGUCCGCGGCCGUGGCCGGUGCUCGGUAACUUCGGCGGCCUUCUCCUGCCUCCCUUCAUCAGGCGGAGGUUCGGACAGACCUCCAACCGGAACAUCGGCGUCAUGGAGGCUUUAACGUCCCAAGCCAGCAUCUACGGGAACAUCUACAGCCUGUUUGUGGGCAGUCAGCUGAUCGUUGUCCUGAACAGCUUUGAUGUGGUGAAGGACGCGCUGUCAAACCAUCCAGAUGUGUUCUCAGACCGGCCAGAUGUUCCGACUAUCUCCAUACUCACCAAACGGAAAGGAAUCGUGUUCGCUCCCUAUGGGCCGGUCUGGAGAAAGCAGCGUAAGUUCUGCCACGCCACCCUCAGGAACUUCGGAUUUGGUCGGCUGAGUUUGGAGCCGUGCAUUCAGCAGGGCGUGGCCGCCGUCAAAACGGAGCUGCUGAGCGGCGAGCACGGCGCCUGCGGCGUCGACCCCUCCAGGCUGAUCAGCAACGCCGUGUCGAACGUCAUCUGCUCCCUGAUCCUGGGUCAGCGCUUCCAUCACGACGACCCUGAGUUCCGCGGCAUCCUGGACCUGAUGUCGCGCGGGUUGGAGAUCUGCAUAAACAGCCCCGCGGUGCUCAUCAACAUCUUCCCGCUGCUCUACUACCUGCCCUUUGGGGCGUUCAGGGAGCUGCGGCGGGUGGAGAGAGACAUCACGGUGUUCCUGAAGAAGAUCAUCGGGAGCCACAGCAACACUUUGGAUCCCAACAACCCCAGAGACCUGACUGACAUGUACCUGAUGGAGAUGCUGGCUCAGCAAGCCGCAGGAGAGCAGGACAGCAGCUUCACAGAGGACUAUCUCUUCUACAUCAUCGGAGACCUCUUCAUCGCCGGAACCGACACCACCACCAAUUCAGUUCUUUGGGUUCUGCUCUACCUGGCCCUGUACCCUGAUAUCCAAGACCAGGUCCAAGCAGAGAUCGACAGAGUGGUGGACCGACGCCGCCCUCCAUCUUUGACUGACAGAGGAAGUUUGCCUUUUACUGAAGCCACCAUCAUGGAGGUGCAGAGACUGACUGCGGUGGUUCCUCUCAGCAUUCCUCACAUGGCGUCAGAGACAACAGUGUUCCGGGGCUUCACCAUUCCCAAAGGAACGGUCAUUAUGCCCAACCUGUACUCGGUCCACAGAGACCCCAGUGUGUGGGACGAUCCGGACGCCUUCAACCCGACCCGCUUCCUGGAUGGAGAGGGGAAACUGCUGAGGAGAGAGUCCUUCAUACCGUUUGGAAUCGGUCGCCGGGUGUGCAUGGGCGAGCAGCUGGCCAAGAUGGAGCUGUUCCUGACCGUCAGCGGUCUGCUGCAGGCCUGCACCUUCCGGCUCCCAGACGGGGCGCCCGCUCCGUCCCUGCACGGUCGCUUCGGCCUGACUCUGGCUCCCUGCCCCUUCGCCCUGUGCGUGAGCGCCCGCUGCGAAGACUCAUUCAGCCCCAACGCAUUCAGCUAGAGCGGCUGCUGCGACCUUCAGCGACCUAAAGAUGCUUCUCAGGCCUCCUGGAGAGACUCUGGGAGAGAUUUUAAACCAAAGAUUGUCUCUUUCGCAACAUCUUGUCUUUAAUUUCAAGAAUAUUUCUCUGAUUAGUCAAAAUACACAGCUCAAAAAAAUAAAGGGAACACUUAAACAGGUGUUUAACAC